AUGGAGUCCCUCGGAAAGAAUAGGACUUCAACAGACACGUGUUCUCUACCCAUCCAAAAGAUCCGAAACCAGUCAAUCAUGGUAUCCUUACCUUUCAACCAAUCGGCCAAUCACGCUAUCCUUACCUUUCAAUCAACCCCUUCGAUUCUGAUUCUGCAGCAGUAUAUAAUCUCGGUUCCUUACCUUAAUGUCUACAGCUCCAUUUCUUUUUCAGUGAUGGCAAGAAUCCGCGAAAACUUUUUUCUUUUUUUUCUUCUUGUGUUCUUUCUGAAUGGCACCAUCGCUUUCCCUCGUGCAGGAAUGCUGCACACUCUGCCGCAAAAGGGGACCACUUUCUUCCCCCGAAAAAUGCCAAUGCCAACAUCAGGAUCCAGCAAACGGCAUAAUGAUGUUCCGAUUCCAGCAACAGUAGUAUAUGAUUCAAAACACCUUGUUCCAUCCGGCGCGAAUCCCCUCCAUCACUAA